UAUCUAUUUAACGCGAAUCUCUCACUUUAUUUUUCUUGCUGCUUAAAGAAAACAUCUUUGUCAUCAACAAAAAUCCAGAUAAUUUAGCACUAAUUCUUCAAUUUCAAGAAUCGAGAUAAAAACGACGUCGAAUUGGGUGGAAAAUAUGAAUGCCCGGGUUGCGUUUUGUGUGAUUUUCUUGGUAUUUUUCUUUCUUGUUGAUUCCAAGAAGCUUGACCCUUACAAGGUACUUGGGGUUGACAAGAGUGCAAGCCAACGUGAAAUUCAAAAAGCAUUUCACAAGCUUUCUCUCCAGUAUCAUCCUGACAAAAACAAGAAUAAGGGUGCCCAAGAGAAGUUUGCUGAGAUUAAUAAUGCUUAUGAUAUCUUAUCCGAUGAAGAGAAAAGGAAGAAUUAUGAUUUAUAUGGAGAUGAGAAGCCAAAUCCUGGAUUUGGUGGUGGCAGCCCUAAUGACCAAGGUUAUACUUAUUUCACGAGUGGUGGGCCAGGACAGGGUGGUUUUAACUUCCGCCCUGAUGGAUGGCAAAGUAUGGGUGGUCAAGGAGGUUCGAAGUCGUUCUCUUUCUCCUUUGGUGGACCCAGUGGGGGUGGCGGUGGCUUCGGUUUAGAUGAUAUUUUCUCCAACUUCUUUGGUGGUAAUAUGGGGGGUGGGAGCCAUUUUGGUGGGAGUCAGUUUGGCGGGAGCCAGUUUCGUGGUUCCGGUAGUUCGUCAAGACCUGAUUCACGACCUUCUAGGAGCAUUGCUACUGUGAAUUCACAGACAUAUCGAAAAGAAGUAGCUGACAAGGGGAUUACUUGGCUUUUGUUAUCAUCUACUUCCUCACUUCAGGGUAACCAGUAUUAUGAACCAGUUAUAGAGGAGGUUGACAGUUCUUUACAAGGGGCAUUAAAGGUGGGUAAAAUAAACUGUGAUACUGAAGCAUCACUCUGUAAAGAGCUUGGUAUAUUUCCUCGCAGAGCUCCCAGGUUGUUUGUUUAUUCUUAUGCAGCAAGUGGAAGUGGUUCACUAGUAGAAUACAGUGGUGAUUUAGCUGCGAAGAGUUUAAAAAUUUUUUGCCAGGAACAUUUGCCAAGGUUCUCAAAACGUGUCAGUUUGGACCAGUUUAAGUUUCCGUCUGGUGAUGAAAAGUCUUUACCAACAGUGAUGCUUCUUUCCACAAAGAAAGACACACCUGUUAUCUGGCGUGCUCUUAGUGGUUUAUAUCAGAAGAGGUUCCUCCUCUAUGAUGCUCAGGUUCAUGAUACAUCAGAUCCAAUGGUGAAGAAGUUGGGUGUUGACUCACUUCCUGCUUUGGUUGGUUGGACUUCAAACGGGGAGAAGCAUAUCUUAAAAACAGGAAUCUCCGUAAAAGAUUUGAAAUCUGCAGUUAACGAUCUUAGUGGUUUACUUGAUGGUUUCGAGAAAAAAAAUAAAAAGGCUGGUUCAACAAGCAGAAAACAACAGACUGAAUCAGAGGACAAGCAGAUACCCACGCUUAGCGGAUCGAAUUUUGAUUCUGUCUGUGAUGAGAAUAUUCCUGUUUGCAUAAUCGGUGUUUUCAGGUCAUCGAAAGCAAGGACCAAGCUUGAAUCAAUUUUAUUGGAGGUAUCCCACAAAUCACUAUCAAGACGUCAAUAUUCAGCCUCUGGUGGAAAAGAAACUAUUGCGUAUGCUCUACUGGAUGCAACAAAGCAGUCAUCAUUUUUGAACUCAUUUGAUAAAAAUGGAUAUAAAUCAUCUGAUAGUCUCUUGCUGGCCUACAAGCCACGAAGGGAUAAGUUUGCAGCAUUUGUGGGCGAUAUAUCCAUGGAGGAAGUGGAGAAAUUUAUCGGUUCAGUUCUUAACGGUGACGUCCAAUUUUCAAAAACACGGCAGAAACCCAAACUAAAGUAAGCAAGUUAUAGCUAGUUAAAGCGAAGAUCGCAAUCAGUUCACACCCACAUUGUAUAUUGUAGCACAAGAUUACACCAUCAGUUUCUGCAGUUUCUUGUCAUUGCGAGCAUGUAUAGAAUAGCGAGUGGAUUCGCAAAAACAGGGCAAAAUACGAGGGAAUCAUGUAUAUUACGAGUUAAACUCUCCCCCUUUUAGUGAAAUUUUGCAUCACAGAAAAGUAAUGUAGAAGGGUGAAUGUGCCAUGGUGCACACUUUUAGAAGUAUUAUGAUCCAUCUGCCUAAGAGAUACAGAAACGAAGCAUGGCUGCUCAAAUUUUUAACGAAUUUUUGGAGUUUUGAGUUUUGA